UCUAACUUCAUGGAUGUUUUUGUUUCCCAUUAACUGUUGCCCUUUGGACUUCCAUUGAGUUCGCUUUGAGUAUAAAAAUACAUUCGAAUUCUAAUUAAAAGAUUGAAUAUUCAUUUAAAUGCAAAGUCCAGUUCACUUAAGGUGUUACCAUGGCUCUGCUACAGAAAAGUCUACAAAAAGUGUGCAUGUUCAAGCAAAGGGGCAUCGCCUCUUUAGCAGCCCUAUCUGAGACUCAUCAAAUGCUGCAAAAGAGCUGCAGAGACUUUGUUGAUGGCGAACUUAAACCAAUCGCUGCCAAAGUGGACCGGGAGCAUCUGUACCCGAAAGAACAGAUCAAAAAAAUGGGGGAAUUGGGGCUGAUGGCCAUUGCAGUACCAGAGGAAUUUGGAGGCACUGGGCUGGAUUAUCUGGCAUACGCUAUUGCUUUAGAAGAAGUAUCUCGAGGCUGUGCGAGUGCUGGAGUUAUAAUGUCCGUAAAUAACUCGCUCUAUUUAGGACCAAUUCUCCAAUGGGGUACCAAAGAGCAAAAGGAAAAAUGGAUCCAACCAUUCACAACUGGCGAAAAAGUAGGUUGUUUCGCACUUUCAGAGCCUGGCAAUGGAUCUGAUGCGGGUGCAGCCUCAACUACCGCUAAAUCAGAAGGAGACAGUUUUCUCCUGAACGGCACAAAGUCGUGGAUUACAAACGCAUUUGAAAGUGAAGCAGGUGUGGUGUUUGCAACAACCGACAAAAGUCUGAAGCACAAAGGAAUUUCGGCGAUCAUCAUACCCAAACCAGUAGAGGGGUUGGAACUGGGCAAAAAGGAGGACAAGUUGGGAAUAAGGGGCUCUUCGACUUGCGCGCUUAUGUUUGACAAUUGCAAAAUACCCAAAGAGAACCUCUUAGGGGAGCUCGGCUUUGGCUUCAAAAUAGCAAUGAUUUGCCUAGACGCCGGUCGAAUAGGCAUCGCUUCACAGGCGUUGGGCAUUGCUCAGGCAUCUUUAGAAAUAGCGGCUGAUUAUGCCGCGAAAAGAUUGAGCUUUGGAAAGCCGCUUUUAAAGCAUCAAACCAUCCAGAACAAACUAGCUGAAAUGGCCUUAAGGCUUGAAUCAGCACGAUUGUUAACCUGGAGGGCGGCGUGGUUGAAAGACAACCACAAGCCUUACACGAAAGAGGCCGCAAUGGCGAAACUAGCCGCUAGUGAAGCGGCCACAUUUUUGAGUCACCAGUGUAUUCAGAUUUUAGGCGGAAUGGGUUAUGUAUCAGAUAUGCCGGCGGAACGGCAUUAUAGAGACGCCCGGAUAACGGAGAUUUAUGAGGGAACUUCCGAGAUUCAAAGACUGGUUAUUGCAGCCAACAUUAUUAAGGAAUUAGGAGCUUAAGUUUCAAAAAUCUAAUACAAGAUUACACAUAUUUUUAUAUACACAAUUCAAUUUUGCCAAUUUGCUCCAUAUACUCAGUAUAUCCAAAAAGGGUGCUGGUAACGUUAAAAAAUGGCAAUUUAUCCCAUAUGGAAAAACAAAAAAACUAUUGGUUUAGAUUGCGAUUUUAUUAAACAAUACAAUGUACAAUACCUUGA